UCUCGCCACGCCCGUCUCACAAGCAACAUGGAGGCACUCAGAAUGGAAGUUACUGUGGAAAAUGAUGACGGAGAUGUAAACACCGCCGUUAAGGUUCCCGAAAGGGUGUUACGGAGGGAUCAAGCGAGGCUCGAGGAGGUCGAGCGGCGUAGAAACGUUAAAGAAAGUCAAACCGUGACGGAAGAAAAGAGCGAUUUCUUCACGUCCACCUUUAAUGCUGAGAAGGCUGCGUUGGAAGCGAGCAUCUCCGGCUGUAACCACAGCGACCGCGACGAAGCCUCAAAAACAUUGGAGGAUGCUACUGUCAAAAUCCAACAGCUCCAGAAAUUUCUUAACGACAGCGUGAUGUUUCUAACGCAAUAUGAAAUACGACAGGCCCAAGCAUCCUUGCAGAAACUCCAGAGCUCUCUUGCUGACAAAAGGGAGUUGGCUUUGCCUAAAAAGAAAUUCGCCUUUAGAUCCAGAAACACAGGGGCAAGUAAACAGCCGGAACCCAUUCAAGACACAACGGUAAAGUCUGCAUCUGUUGUGGAUGGUACUGUGAUGCUAGAUGCUGCCAUCUCAGUAAACCAGUGUGGAUUCUCCAAUGUCCACGAUCAAGUUUUGAUCAAGCAAGCUGAAGAAAUUCAGCAAAGGGAUGUGCUGUUAUCCAAUCUGACAAACUGUAAAGUGAGACUUUAUGGGUGCCCGAGCACCGUCCACAUCAAAAUGGUCCGCAACUGUGAGAUCCUUUGUGGCCCUGUUUCCAGCUCUGUUUUUGUUGACCAAUGCACUGAAAGCAUUUUAGCAGUUCCCUGUCAGCAGCUGCGCACCCAUAAUACUUCAGCCACUCAGAUAUACAUCCAUGUGACCAGCCGGGCAAUUAUUGAGGACUGUCAUGACGUCAGGUUUGCCCCAUUCACAUGGACUUACCCAGAGAUUCAUGAUCAUUUUAAAGUUUCUAGACUUGAUCCAGACCGGAACAACUGGGAACAGGUGGACGACUUCAACUGGCUUGCUGCUGGUACACCAUCACCUAACUGGACUGUCAUUCCAGAGUCGGAGAGAAUAUCUAGUUGGGAUUUAGUAGAUCCAGCUACCUAAUAGGCAUAGUUAUUCAACGUGUCAUAACAGUUAAUACUAAGAACGUGAUUUCUGUUUCACAAAUAUGACUUUAAUAUAAUGAUAUCAUUAACAUUAAAUGUUCCAGAAUCAAUUAACUGAAUGCCUAAUACAAUAACAAAGUUAAGCAUAUUGAUGUCAUCUUAGGAAGAUUGUGUUUAAAAUGCUUUACUCGCCAAGCAUAAUAUUUAUAUAAUCACAAUCACUGGAUGAUUUGCACAGAUUCAGAAUGUAUUCAAUUGUUGCGAGCGAAUUUAAAUAGAGCUAAAUAAAGUUUGUUGGGUUAAAUGUUUGGCUUUCAGUUUUUCCCUUUAAAAAGAAUAUUUGCAGAUAAGGGACAUACUGCACUAUAACAUUUGAAAGAUAAACUCAUACAUAAACAUUUUAAAGGUGAACAGAUGCAUGUACUUCUGAAAAUUGUGUGAAAAAGAAUAAAUAAACAUAUUGUUGCUAUCAAAAUGUUUGUACAUUCUAAUAUAGUAAAUACUAUAACAUGGAAGCAAGUAUCUUCUGUAAAAAUUCCUUGUUGCACUUAAAUGUUUACAUUAUAUUAAAGGGAUAGUUUACCCAAAAAUAAAAAUUCUGUGAUCAU